UGUGUAGGGGUGAGUUGAGGGCGGGGGGCUCUGGUGGCUACUGCUGGGUGCCUGCAGGGCAGUACCCUACUGCCCCCCGCCCAGAGAAAGGGUGCUUUUUUAAAAGGGUUCGCUGGAGACGGGCUUUUCUUUACUGUAUAUUAAAAGCGCAAUAUAUCCUCUGAGCUCCGGGCAUCCCGUGUACGCCAGUGUGCACGUCUGUAAAGUCAAGGCAGUGUGCCCCGAAAGCUGUUCCCCAUCCCGCGCUGCAGGAGCCACGGUGCGGUUCAUCAUGGUUGCGACUAGCAGUUUAAACAGUAAAAAUUCGGCCAGCAUUUCAGAGUUGAUAGACCGUGGCUUUCCGCCUGGAAGUCUAAGUGAUUUUGACUACUGGGAUUAUGUUGUGCCAGAACCUAACCUCAAUGAAGCAGUAUUUGAAGAGACUACUUGCCAGAGCCUGGCUAAAAUGCUGGAGAAUUCCCUGUCCAAGUCCAAGCAGACCAAACUUGGCUGCUCCAAGGUUCUUGUCCCUGAGAAACUGACCAAGAGAAUAGCUCAAGAUGUAUUACGCCUGUCUUCCCCUGAGCCCUGUGGUCUUCGAGGUUGCAUUAUACAUGUAAAUUUGGAAAUUGAAAAUGUAUGUAAGAAACUGGAUAAGAUUGUAUGUGAUUCUAGUGUGGUACCUACCUUUGAGCUUACACUGGUGUUUAAGCAGGAAAAUUGUUCAUGGUCUAGUUUCAAGGACUUUUUCUUCAGUAAAGCUCGUUUCACAUCUGGUUUUAGGAGAACUCUGAUUCUCAGUCCAGGGUUUAGGCUUGUUAAAAGGAAGCUUUACUCACUGAUUGGAACAGUCAUUGAAGAGUGCUAGAAAAAUCUCUCUUGCUGACUUAUAAUAGAUUGUGCCACUGCUUGGUUUGAUGUCAUUUGUAGCUUGACUGUCCUCAACAAGAAACCCCAAAUUUAGCUCAUAUGACUUAUAUGUUCCUCGUUCAGCACAAUCUCAAGUGUUUUGCUCAAAAGCAUUAUCCUUGUGCCCAAAACUUUCCUCAUGGGAAUAGGCACUCUCCACUGAUUAAGGCCAUAGCCACUGAAAAGUAGGAUGAAGCUGGUGGGAACACAGUGAGCAAUCAAUCACGUUUCAUUUGUGGAGCUCUAUCCACUCUGGCCCAUCCUUUCAAAAAAAGGAAGGCUACUGAGUGAGUAAUUAAUUAAUUAGUUAAUUAAUUACAUCCAACCAGACAAUAUGAAUGACAUUUUGCUUAAAUUGCUCUUAAUAAUGGCACUUUAAAAGCUCUCCAAAAUAAUCCUUGCAACUACAUAAUCUUAUUAAACAAAGCUCAGCCAAUACAAAAAACGUCUGAAAGUUCAGAAAACCAAAGUUCCUAUUGUAUGUUGAAGAGUUCUUAUCCUACAAGAUGGAAUCUAAAUCUCUGAGGUUAAUUUAAAAAUGAUUCUUGGAAAGAGCUGAUUAGGAACAUUACAGAGUCAAAAUGGCUUUGUCUUUUCUCUUGCCAUUCUCCUUCACCUUUGAAGAUAUGGAGGGGGAAACAAUCUUGCAUUAUAACUGCAAGAAAUCUGUUUUACUCAGCUUUAUUUGCAAGUACAUGCUUCAUUUUUGAAAGGUUUUAGAUUGGAGAGAGAUGAUAAAGCAGAGCAGCAGCAUGAUAAUACUAGAAAGAACACUGGCCCUGGAUUCAAAUCUUGCCAAUAAUGUGUAGUAAUUACUCAACCUUGGAUAAAUUACUUUAAGCUCCCUGAUCCUCAGUUUCCUCAUCUAUAAAAGGAUGAGUCAUAAUUGUAGAGUUGGAAGAGACUUUAGAGUACUACAAAUCUAACACCGUCAUUUCAAAGAUGAGGGAACUGGGAUGCAGAGAUAUAAAGAGAUUUGUCCUUGAUAACAUAGCUAAUAAUUGUCUGAGGCAGGAUUUGAACUCAGAGCUCUGAGUCCAAACUCAGUGCUUUAUCUACUACACCAUGCUUCUAGAUACUCUCCAGAAUUUUGUUAAUUGUAAGAUCUAUGAUCCUAGGAUUAGCUCUUCUUCAAGCACAAACAACAAAAACCAUACUGCCUACUAAACCAUAAUGCCAAAUUAGACAUCUGUGGCUAUAAUGGUGAUGGAUUUUAGAAACCAUUUCAGGAAGACAUUACCUAAUCCAAUCUUGAGGUCCUUUAACUUAACCAAGCCUUUUCCAAACCAUUAGAUUUAAUCCUUCUCCUUGGCUCAAAGAAUUAUUUGUCAGGCUUGGCUAUUUAGCUUCUUUUCAAUAUUUCUUGGGUUUAAUCCUAGAUCAUCUUCUCACUUAGGUGGUAUCUCUUAAUUUCUCUGACCUUCACUAUUUUUCUAUAGGAAAAUAUGGAAACAAUUGUUUCUGAGCACUUCCUUUUUUGCUCCCAUAAGCAUGCUAAAUAUUAACUGCAUAAUAAUUGCUUAUUGGCUACUAUUCUAGUUAUCGGGCUAAACAUAUUCACAUGAAGUCACCAUUAAUUAUGGAGACUUGUUUUGUUUUAGCAUUAAGAAUGCUAACAAGAGUUUGGAAAACUCGGGCAAAUACCUCAAUCUCUUUGUUUUUAAUUGUCCCAUGGCCUGAACUCUAGGCCAAUUUUGUCCCCUAUCAUUCAUGAAGAGGAUCUGAUUAUUGGCCCUCUUUAAGAAUAAAGGAUUAUUAACCAGUUUUCCCGCUGUAUAUAGUCAUGAGAACUUUGGUCUAAGUACGAUAAUUUCCAGUUGUAUUGUGUGUUCAAAGCCUUCAGGUGAUUUUGCAAGUAGAGAUAACAAGAGUUCAUUUAUCUACUCUUGCACAAUAAAUUUAGGGCAGCUAGAUGGCACAGUGGAUAGAGUACUGAGCCUAGAUUCAGAAAGAUUUGAGUUCAAAUUUAAUCUCAGACACUUACAAGCUGUGUGACCCUAUUUGCCUAUGUUUCUUCAUCUGCAAAUUUGGCUAAAUGAGGAAAUGGCAAACCAUUCCAGUAUCUUUGCCAAUAAAAACCCAAAUGGGGUCACAAAAAGAUGGACACAACUAACAUGUUUGCUACAACCAUAGCUAAGGCAAGAGUUCUAGCAUAAGUACAGUGUUACUCCAAAAAUGUCUAUGAUUCAUUAUCUUGUCCCACAACUGUUAUAAAUUGUAACUAGUUCCUUAGUGAUUAGGCAGGAUUCACCAAAUCCGAUAUAUAUGGUGUCUGGGAAUUAGACUAUUGCAAUCAAAUUAUGGUAGAUGUCUGUUAUUGCUUGUGCCUUAAUGAUACUGUAUCUCUCUAAGUAUGAUGGGUCAAGAGUCCCUGUUGACAACAUGGAUAUGAAGUUUAUAUUCCAUUAACAGCUGCUGGUUUCACUUGUGUCUUCCCAGCUUGCAAGAUGUUGACAAUUCAUGGAGGUUCUUAAAUUAAUAUUCCUGUUAAAGGAAAUUUAAGUUUGUCUAUUUUUGACAAUAAAAAGCAUCAUAUAUUUUUAA